CUCAUUUUCCUGCUGCAGCAGCAGAUGACGUCACUGCUGCUUAACAAAACUUCAAACUAAUGCUCCAGCUAAGUGUGAUGCGGUGACCUGUUUCAGGGUCACGAGCCAGCCAUUGAGAACCAGCCCUUCACCAGUCCUCACAUGCACACUCGGUACAUUAACUACACGCACACACACACACACCUGAACUGGAACUGCACCCACAUUUAAUCUGGGCACAUUACACACGCGCACACGCGCCCUGUGGGUUGACGUCAAACCAGAGUGCUCCGUCCACGCGGAGGAAAACGACCAAGCGCGGAAGCAGGAGGAGCAGAAGACAAGAGGAGGAGCAGACACGCGGAAUCCUGCUCCUCCACCUCGCUGCUGCAUCCGAGACUCCGGAGGAGACUAGAGGAGGUGUCGCUGUCACGCGGAGCAUCAAGUUGUCGCCUCCUGAGAUUGUAUUCCGGGAUUGCGAGUCUCCUUCAAGUGACAGCUAGGAUGCUGCUGUUUUGACGGAAUAUUCUCUCAGGCGUGUGGAAUGGCCCCGUGAAGGCGCCAAACGUCGAUUUGGGAGGUUUGUUUUUCCUCAGACAACCUUUGUGUCUCACGGUUCUCCGUGAUGCGGCGGACGCUCCUCGCUCGGCGGCUGCCACCCGGACGCCUCGCUCGGUUCUGAUGAAGACUGAGUUCGAGCCACAUCAGGCGGAUUCCCAGCUCCCGCGACAAUGACCUCCAGCCGCGCUUCACCCCGCGCCCGAGAGAGAAGAAGCACUCGCCCCCGGUUCAUCGCGCACACGAGGACGUCGUCCCCCCCUCAGUCGCCGCGCUAACCUGCAUCGGAGCAGCCUUUGCAGCCGACAGCGAGCCAGCAAGCGGGGAUGGAGCUGUCCGAGGUCCGGUGCUCCAGCGCCAGCGAGGAGCUCUACACCAUCAACCGGACACCGAGCGGUAGCAGCAGCAGCGGCGGCAGCGCGCGCCCGAAGCGGCUGCUGUGGCAGAACGCGGUGCGGCACAUCACCGAGCAGCGGUUCAUCCACGAGCAGGGCGGCGGCGGGGGGCUGAAGGGUAUCGGGUCGGACGAGUACGACAGUCCGGGAUCGCGGAAACAGUCUGCGGGCCGGAGCUCGGUGGGUGACCGGCACAACAACGGCGGGACCAAAGUGUUCCCGGAGCGCGGCAGCAGCGACCUGGGCUUCCUGCAGAUCGACUGCGCGCCCAGCAACUCGGACUUCUUCCUGAACUGGGGGUACACCUACCGGGGGGUCAUCUUCCCCACGCUCCGGAACGCCUUCAAGUCGCGCGACCUGGAGCGCCUGUACCAGCGCUACUUUCUGGGCCAGAGGCGCAAGUCGGUGGUGGUGAUGAACAUCCUGGAUGUGGUGACCAAGCUGACCCUGUUGGUGCUGCAUCUGACAAUGGCCUCCUCCCCUAUGGACCCCAUCAAGGGCACGCUGCUGGGCUUCUUCACGGGCAUCGAGGUGGUCAUCUGUGCCUUAGUGGUGGUGCGGAAGGACACCACGUCGCACAGCUACCUGCAGUACAGCGGUGUGGUCACCUGGGUGGCCAUGGCCACACAGAUCCUGGCUGCGGGCUUGGGCUACGGGCUGCUGGGUGAUGGGGUGGGCUACGUGCUCUUCACCCUCUUCGCCACCUAUAGCAUGCUGCCGCUGCCGCUCACGUGGGCCAUCCUGGCCGGACUCUUCACCUGCGGCCUCCACGUCCUGGUGCAGCUGCUGCUGCCUGAGAACCUGCCGCUGUCCACCAACCAGGUUGCAGCGCAGACCGUCCUGUUCCUGUGCAUGAACACAGCCGGCAUCUUCAUCAGCUACCUGUCUGACCGCGCUCAGCGCCAGGCUUUUCUGGAGACGCGGCGCUGCAUCGAAGCCCGGCUGCGGCUGGAGACCGAGAACCAGAGACAGGAGAGGCUGGUGCUGUCGGUCCUGCCUAGGUUCGUGGUUCUGGAGAUGAUCAACGACAUGACAAACGUGGAAGACGAACAUCUGCAGCACCAGUUCCACCGGAUCUAUAUCCACCGCUACGAGAACGUCAGCAUUCUGUUCGCAGACGUCAAAGGCUUCACCAACUUGUCCACCACGCUGUCCGCCCAGGAACUGGUGCGCAUGCUCAACGAGCUGUUCGCCCGCUUCGACCGCCUCGCACACGAGCACCACUGCUUGCGGAUCAAGAUUCUGGGCGACUGCUACUACUGUGUCUCCGGUCUCCCUGAGCCGCGGCAGGACCACGCCCACUGCUGCGUGGAGAUGGGACUCAGCAUGAUCAAGACCAUCAGGUACGUGAGAUCUCGCACAAAACACGACAUCGACAUGAGAAUAGGAAUCCACUCGGGCUCGGUUCUGUGUGGCGUCCUCGGACUCAGGAAGUGGCAGUUUGAUGUUUGGUCCUGGGAUGUGGACAUCGCCAACAAGCUGGAGUCUGGAGGGAUUCCCGGGAGGAUCCACAUCUCUAAAGCGGCGCUGGACUGCCUGAAUGGUGACUACGAAGUGGAGGAAGGCCACGGGAAAGACCGGAAUGACUUCCUGCGGCGCCACAACAUCGAGACGUUCCUCAUCAAACAGCCGGAGGACAGCACGCUCACGCUGCCUGAGGACAUCAUGAUGCAGGCAGCCAGCUCGGCUGACCGGCGGGCCAGCAGCGCCACCUUCAACGAGGCAUCAUGGAGCCCCGAGCUGCCCUUCGACAACAUCGUGGGGAAGCAGAAUACUGUGGCUGCGCUCACCAGAAAUUCCAUAAAUCUUCUUCCCAACCACCUCGCUCAAGCGUUGCAUGUGAGCUCGGGCCCUGAGGAAAUAAACAAGCGAAUAGAGAACGCCAUCGACUUACGGAGUGGCGAUAAGUUGAGGAGAGAGAAUAUCGAACCCUUCUCACUGAUGCUUAAAGACUCCGGCCUGGAAGAGAAGUACUCACAGAUGAGGGACGAGGUCUUCAAGUCCAACCUGGUCUGCUCCUUCAUUGUGCUGGUCUUCAUCACCACCAUCCAGAGUCUGCUGCCAUCCGCCAGGAUGGUCACCAUGGUGAUCCAGUUCUCCAUCCUCAUCCUGCUCCACUCCUGCCUGGUCCUGGUCACGACGGCGGAGGACUACAAGUGUCUCCCCCUAGUGCUGCGGAAGACGUGCUGCUGGAUCAACGAGACCUACGCAGCUCGUAACGCCAUCGUUUUCGUGUCCAUCCUCAUUAACUUCCUGGCUGCCAUGAUCAACAUCCUGUGGUGCGACCCGGACACUUCGGCCAGCAGCAAGAACCAGACAUUAUACACAUCCACCUCAAUCCACGACAUCUGCUUCUACCCCGAGUACUUCGUGUUCACCGGCGUGCUGGCGAUGGUCACGUGUGCCGUCUUCCUGCGUCUCAACUCGGUGCUGAAGCUCGCCGUGCUGCUGGUGAUGAUCGCCGUGUACUCGCUGCUGACCGAGGCCUUCUACGCUUCGCUGUUUGUCCGCUACGACACCGUCCACCACAACACUCAGAACUUUCUUGGAACCAAAGAGACAUCGCUGCUCCUCAUGGCUGUGUUCCUCCUUGCCGUCUUCUACCAUGGCCAGCAGUUGGAGUACACGGCUCGGCUGGACUUCCUGUGGCGAGUCCAGGCCAAAGAGGAGAUCAACGAGAUGAAGGAGCUGCGAGAACACAACGAGAAUAUGCUGCGGAACAUCCUGCCCUCUCACGUGGCUCGACACUUCCUGGAGAAGGACAGAGACAAUGAGGAGUUGUACUCGCAGUCGUACGACGCGGUGGGUGUCAUGUUUGCCUCCAUCCCGGGUUUUGCGGAUUUCUACUCCCAGACAGAGAUGAACAACCAGGGAGUGGAGUGUCUGCGGCUGCUCAACGAGAUCAUCGCCGACUUCGAUGAGCUCCUCGGCGAAGAUCGCUUUCAAGACAUUGAGAAGAUCAAGACCAUCGGCAGCACCUACAUGGCAGUGUCCGGACUGUCCCCUGAGAAACAGCAAUGUGAAGAUAAGUGGGGUCACUUGUGCGCACUGGCAGACUUCGCCAUAGCCCUCAACGAAAGCAUCCAGGAGAUCAACAAACACUCCUUCAACAACUUUGAACUUCGGAUCGGGAUGGCCCACGGGUCGGUGGUGGCCGGUGUGAUCGGCGCUAAGAAGCCCCAGUACGACAUCUGGGGGAAGACGGUGAACUUGGCGAGCCGCAUGGACAGCACCGGCGUGAGCGGCAAGAUCCAGGUGCCAGAGGAAACCUACCUGAUCUUGAAGGACCGCGGCUUCGCCUUUGAAUACCGGGGCGAGAUCUACGUGAAGGGCAUCAGCGAGCAGGAGGGAAAAAUCCGGACGCACUUCCUUCUGGGGCGCAUGCAGCCGAACCCGCUCAUCCUGCAGCCACGCAAAAUCACGGGCCAGUACUCUCUGGCGGCCGUGGUCCUGGGUCUGGUGCAGUCGCUGAACCGGCAGAAGCAGAAGCAGAUCCUCAACGAGAGCAACAACUCGGGCAUCAUGAAGGGCCACCACCAUUACAACAGGAGGACGUUGUUAGGGCCCCCUGGACCCGACAGCGGUCAUCACGCCGAGGCGGCUGAUAAGACCGAACUGUCGUGAGGUCCGACCAUUUGAGGAAGGGAUGAAUGAACGAGACGUUUGAGGCCCUACGCAGCCCUAAAGUGCUUCCAAACGUGACGAUGAGUUUCGUUCCAGUUUGAACAGCCAACAAAGUCCAUUCUGCAGGGGGAAACUAUGGUGACACCUAGUGGUGAGCCAGAUGGCCGCAGGUUAUCAAGUCCCCUCCAUCACCUCCUCUUUGAGCCUCUGCCCCUCAGGGUCUUGAGGUCCACCGCAGUCCAAGCCAGUUGACCGGAGACUCAACAGCGGUUCCCUCAAUGUGAUCACGUGGUGAUGUGACUAUUUUACAGCACAAACGGACUCGUGUUUUUCGUGCUGAACGCGAACAACCUGAAGGCAGAGUCUUCAACAUGAGCGUGCCAGUGGUUGUGAGGAGCAGCCUGGGACGUGUCUGUGUGAGUGUUUACAUGAGCGUGAAAGAAAAAAGCACAAUGUGAUGAAGCGCCGGCUCUGCGAUGUCACUUCCUGUUCCAGUGCUGGAAUACGACCGCAGCUCCAGUCGCUCCUGUGUGAUUAUCGUGUGUUGUUGAGCAGCCUCAGCAGAUGACCUUCAUCCUUGAAGAACCUCAACUUGGUCCUGACGUGUGUAGUUCACUGAACAUCUGAACACAACCGUGGGAGCCACCUGCUGGCCGCCUUGCUGAACUACAAUCCAGACGGACGCAGCCAAAUCGACCACACUUUAAUCUCCCCAAGCUUCUUUGAGUGUUGAGGUGGAUGAAGGAGAGGAGCAGGAGGUGAUGGACGACUGUGAGGAUGGGGAAAAAGAGGAGGCGCUGGUGGAUGACUGUGAGGGUGAAGAAGGAGGAGGAGAGCACGUGUCUGUGAGCAGGACGAUUGCAACAUGUCGUGCGCCCCCUGCUGGUGUCAUCUUUCUUUUUGUAUUUCUUUUCUAUCUGAGACUGAAUAAACGUUUAAUUUUGUUAU